AUGGGGCAGGACGACAGAGGCGCUCAGAUUCUCGCUUCGUUGUGGUCGCUGACGGCCGCGGCGGCGAUACUGCUCUUUCUCCGUUUAUACUGCAAGCUCUGUCGAGCCAAGGGCUUGUGGUGGGACGACCACGUGUUGAUCCUCUCAUGGGUUUCAUUGACCAUCGCCGCGGCGAUCCAAACGUACCUUGUGAGCCUCGGUUUUGGCCAGCGCAUGGAGACCAUUAGCAAAGAAGACCUCAAGACGAUCAGCCUGUUCACCAUCCUCUUCGCGAUAUUCGCCAUCAUAGCGACCACAACGAGCAAAUCAUCCUUUGCUCUGACCUUGUACAGGAUCACCGAUGCCUCCUGGAUGAAAUACCUGCUCGUCUUCAUCAUUGUAACAACCAAUGUUUCCAUGAACCUGGUCUGGAUCUUCGGCUUGGCCAAAUGCACGCCUUUGAAACGAGUGUGGGACAAAGACGUGCAAGGAACCUGCUGGGACCUGCACAAAUUGGUGAAAUUCCAAUUAUUCGCUGCUUACUAUUCGGCCAUUUUGGACUUUGUCUUGGCCGGCCUACCAUGGCAGAUUAUCAUGGGCGCUUCGAUACGUCGCCGCGAAAUGGUUGGGGUUGCCGUGGCCAUGAGCUUGGGGGCCGUUGCCGGAGCCACCGGUAUUGUCAAAGCAGUCAUGGUCGUCAACAUGACGAGCCCCGACAUCACUUACGAUCGCGUCGAUUUAACCAUUUGGACCUUUACGGAGCCCGCUGCUUCCAUCAUGGCUAUAUCCAUUCCUAUGCUGAGGAUGCUGUAUCAAGAGCUCAAGUCAAGCCACAACCGAACUAAGUACAACCAAAGCAAUCCCCAGAGGUCUGUUGUCGUCUCGUCGAAUAAGGCGUGGAAGGACUCCCAAGAGGCCCUGCGGGACUCAGAGGACAUCAUCCAAAUAAAGUCGUCGUCCCCGGACUAUAGCGGAAUCCUCAAGACAGAGGAAGUAAGGGUGCAUCAUGAGCGACCGAGCAACGUAAACGGCGGAAACGCUAUCGAGAUGUCGCCUUUCGGGACCAGAUGA